AUGUCGUGUAAAUUUCGUGAAGGGACGAUCAAGCGGGCGUGUUACGAUGCGCUACGCGAAGCUGGGAGUCAGGGGCUCACGGUGAAGGAAAUCGCGCAAGCGGUGCGAGAGCAGACCGGUGGGGUCAAGCUUGGCGGGGCGACGCCGCAGAACACGAUCGUUGGGCAGCUCUCUAAAGAUCCGACGUUUAUUUUGGUUAAGCGCGCGACUUACAGAGUUGCAAUCGAUGGUGAGAGUGACGAUGGAACUGAGUUCCAUGCCUCAGGUGAACGAGAGGGUCGGAAUAAGCGAGCGAAGACGAGGAACGAGAGCGAGUCGGCGAGCGAAAAAAGCACGGGCUCAGAGUUCGUCGACGCAAAUCUGGCGUACGAACCCGGAUGCAUGGUAGAGGUGGCCCGCCCACACAAGUCACAUGGUGCGACGUGGGCAAGUGCAAAGGUUAUCGAGAACGAUGGCGAGUUCAUUGUGUUGUCCGUCUCUCCUGAGGGCGGCGAUGACGCGACUGCAGACGUCGUUCGAUUGCCAACGCGUCUGUUGGCAAGCACAAUUAGACCGGCGCCCCCGGUCGAAAACUUAGCCGUGGAUCAAUCGCGACGAUUGAACGAGGAGGUGGAUGUGCACUACAACAAUAGAUGGUGCGAGGGCUACAUCUCUCAGGUCACUGACGCUCGCGGGAAGAUUGUCGUGUGCUUUCCAGGAGUGGGCGCAAACAACGACACAUCGUUGAUAGUGUUUCAAGACUCGACCGGUCAGUGCUGGAUUAGGGAGACUUGGAAUAAAACGCGACCGAAGCGAGCGUCCAUCAGACGCGGAUGGACUCUCUCGCUUCAAGGUGAAUGGUCGCCAAGAGGCGCGCCGCAGGAAAACGGUGCAGCUGCACCGGACUCGGCGUACAAGCAACUCGCAGCGAUCAGCAUGAUCGAAGCAGGGGACAGUACCAAGCUCGGUUUUAAGCGCGACGGUACCACGAUUUCGCUGAGUGAACAACCCUCUAGGCUUGAAUCACACGCCGCGACGACGACGGAACUCAACGGGUCGUACAUCGGCGACUCAGCCAAGGGCGUCGUCACCUCGGACGAGACGGACUGUCCUUUCAAAUCCAUCUCUGAGGCGUGCUAUCACUUGCUGCUCACCGCCGGUCCGGAAGGUCUUCAGGUAAGCAAAAUGGUGCGCACUAUUCAAGAACGUUCUCUCGUCAAGCUUGCCGGGAAGACGCCUGCGAACACCGUGUACAGUAGGCUGAGUCAAGAUGCGAGAUUCGUCAACGUCUCUCGCGGUGCGUACGCGUUGGAGAGCAUCGUCGCAGACGCCACAAAGAACAUGAAAACGUCUCCGCAACAGCGAUCACAAGUCGACGAGUCUCCGAAGCGGCCCAGACCGCGCAUUUCAGAGGUAAAUCCGCGAGUGUAUCCCAUGAGCACAGACAACUCCGCGGUCCAUCGCGACGGUCUCGUAAGCGCCACUCCGUCCAUCGCGGGUGACUAUCACGGAGCGUCCCUGAGCUGCAUGUCCGAGCUUUCCAACGCGAGCGAGCUCCUUCUGGGUUUGCGAGGCAAACGCUGA